UUUUUUCUUGUUUGGAUUUUUUCUGCGAACAGAAACUUUUAUGAGAAAUUAAAUUUUGAUAGUAGUACUAUCAAAUCGUUCCGUGGCAAAUAGUAUAGAUUUGAUUCGCGAUAAGAUGAAAAAUCGUGUGCUGGCUGGUGACUUAAUUUUUACUCCUCUUUAUAUUUAAAACUGCUCGUGAGUGGUGUUGGAAGUCGUGUAAUAAAAAAGCUUGUGGAAGGGGAAGAUUCGGGGCAAGCUGGUGGCUGUAGUUAAUGAGUUGUGCAGCAGGCGAAUGAAAUCUAAAGAAAUCAAAGCUAGAAAAAUGAAUGUUGGAAAUUCAGUUUAAAAAGGCAGGUGUUCUAUGAAAUGAGUGAGAUUUAAAUUAAGUUCGUUUACUAGUGAUUCAUGGCACAAAUGGUGAUUAGUUAUGGUAGAAAUAGUGCAUUUAACCAAUCAAAUUUAAAGGUAUAGAAAUUCCAUAAUUAAAAUUAAAAAGUAAUUUACUAUGUGUGAUUAUGCUAACAAAAACUAUAUGAGUGCAAAGCCGACUGGCUGAAAAGAAAAUUAUUCAAAUAUGUAGCGGAAUAUGCUCGAGCAGCUAGAUAUAAAGGUGCAGUAAAUGAAUCUGCGAUAAAAAGCUCUUGCUUUUCGUUGCUUAAAUGGCAGCACCGAAUGCCGAUGUGAUGCAUGGCAGUGUAUCUGCGACGGUUCCACCUAGUUCGGCAAUUCAGCAGCUUCAUCAGCUGCCAUCGAAUUUGGUUGACCAGCAGCAGCACCCGGUAACGAAUCACCACAUUCAACAACUACAAAAUCUAACUCAGCAGUCAGCUCCGAUUGCAGUGCAUCACCCUCAUUCUCAAUCUUCCCACAAUGCCAUACAUCACUAUCAUCGGGUGCAACAGUCUUCAGGCCAGCAUAUGUCGUCUUCACAAAUCCAUCCCGAUCAGUUAUUUCAACAGCAGCACAAGGUUUCCACAUAUAGUGGAAAUAUUAAUAACUUGAUGUUUGCUUCCACUGAAAAUUCUUCCGCAGCAAGUGGUGAAGCCGAUUCUGCUGCCGGUUCAACUGCAACUGCUAGUGACAUAAAUAAUGUGGUUGUAAAUUUAGCUAGUGUAAAUCAGUCUGUGACUCUUACUACUAAAGAGAGCAUAUCCUCUGUGGUAAGCGCUAAUAGUAAUCCAAUUGGAAGCCGGAUAAUCCCCAAUGUCAGCCACAGUCACAUUCCAGUGGAAAAUGUGCAGAAUAGUGAACCUGCUUUAGCGGCAGUUAAUGUUGGAGAUAUCAACAACUUGGUGCAAUUCAAUGUUGCGCCUGGUUGGCGUAGGAUAAAGUACAACUGUGAAAUCAUCUAUAUCAGCCCAUCCGGUGUUCCACUGCGAAACUUCAAUCAGGUCAAAGACUAUUUGUUAACAGGCGGUACUUGCAAAUGUGGUCUGCCAUGUCCUUUUCGUCCUGAAGUAUUUUUCGAGUUUGACUCUCAGGUUCCUAAUCUGUCACUGGAUGGAAAAAGCAACAUAUCUCACAACUUUUGUCUGCAUCAUUCUCGAUAUGUAGAAAAGAUAUCACUAGUUCGACGCGGAAAGAAGUUGAUUGAGAAAGGAAGCAUUCCCAAACCAGGUGCCAGUCAUGGAGCUCAACUUGUUACCGAGGAAGCUGAGUUUAUGUUUUCUAAUAAUGUUCAAUCUGGUCAAAAAAUUGUAGGAACGGAUUCGGCAGAUGCGAUAAGCGAAGAAAUUUCGUUAUCAUCUCAAAAUAAGCAACAGGACCGAGAAAUAAAAGGUUUACCACUCUCAAAAACUCCGCCCUGGCGUAAACACGUACCCUCUUCUUCAACAACCUCGGUGUUGUCCAAUCAACGCCAGGUGCAGUGUUCUUCAAGUCUAGUGCCAGUCAAAACUUCCGUACAAAGCGUAAAUCAAAACGAGCAGAAAGUCAAAAAUAUUAGAAUAACAAAUGAGCCUCCAAAUUCAACCAGUUUGUGUACGCCGUUCGACAACGAUAAAUUAAAAGCAGCUAGUAAAAAGCGGCCGAAUUUCAAGGACGAUCCUACAGGUUAUUUGAAUCAGCAAACUGCGAUUUUGCACAGUUCGAUUUCUACUCUACACAGUCCGGAUGGAUCAUCGUCGUCUCAGGAGAGCCCACAACUAAAAGCAGUCAGCGGCUCCUUGAGCAGUGAGUUAGUGGAAUCAGCAGAGUCUGCAGAGCGAAGUUGUACAACAACAAUGACUAUUUCCGAUCAAGCAGUAACUCACAUAACAAGUGGAAUAGUCCAGGUACAGCAAAACUGUGAUAUUAGUCAUAUGAAACUUCAGCAGCAGUUACAAUUUCAACACCAACUACAGCGGCAAAAUCAGCUCGUACGCCAACAUAACGAACAGCUGCAAUUGUUGCAACAACAUCAGCAAAACACAGAAGAGAGAGAUCCUACUAAAGGUAGUGUUCGUUUCGUGACUGUUGCUGAAACGUCACCACUUCAAUCAAGUAGCGUAAAGUUUACUACCAGUCGUACCCCGGAUGUUACGUCCACGUCUUCAAGUACUCCUGACCUAAAGGAUGCGCCUAAUCGGAGUCCAUUACUUCAAGUAAACACUUGUGGCUUACGUUCAGGAUCUCCUGAAGUUUAUUCUACUCGGAAUCUUGUUCAGAGUCCUUCAUAUAGCGUUAGCCCUCAAAAGAAUCAGAUGUCUCGAAAUAGUGGCGUUGCCCUUGCCUCUAUUUCAUCGGCACCACGUAACACUAUAACGUCGGUGCAGGCUAGCAGUAGGCCAGUAACGGUUACUAGUACUCAUGCGGGAAAAAUAGGUAAAAGUGUGAUUAGAGAACAUGAAUAUGAAACUCCUUCAGUUAAUCUCGGAGCAAGAUAUGUUAAAUCUGAAAAAGUCUCUCUACAAAACACUGGUUCAACCGGAGCACAAAAUUUACUUAAUUUCAACCAACAACAAGCUUCACAAACAAUUAGUCAACCCCAACAGGUGCUGAUGACCUCUAGUGGACAGAUUCUUGUAAUGUCAUCACAUUCAAACAAAAGCUCCAGUCAGAUUGUUGCAGGCAACAAUCUCAACAAUACCGGUACUGGUGCUGCACUAGCGCAAAAUGUGCUUAUUCCUCAGCAAACGUUAGUGACCGGCGGGAAUGGAACUCAAUACGUAAAUAUGACUGCCGCUUCGGCAGGUACUACUGCUCCUGGCAGUAGUGCCGUCACUGCUAAUCAAUUUGUUACUAAUAAUAGUGGACUUACGCAAAACAUUAGUCAACAACAAGCGAACAUCAUUCAUCAUACUUCACCUAAUGCAAAUCCCAGCUUUUUGAUCAACUCCCCAAAUAACAUGCAAUCGACUGUGAUAUUGAAUAAUGGAAAUGUAAUACAAUCUAACGGUGGGCAGCAAAUGCUGACUUCCAACAAUCCGCAAGUUAUUCAUUCAGGUAACGUGCUGUCGACCGCCGCCGCAGGAGCAAGCAUCGGAUCUAAAAUAAUAUCAAGCGCGGCGAAUCCUGGUAUAAUUACCAAUCAAUCCAGCGUUAAUCCGCUGAUGCCUAACAAUCAGCAGAGCAGCACCGGGGGUGUGAUGAAUCAACAAGUUGUGUUGAAUAGUUUACCUACGAACAGUAUCGUAAUUCAGCAACCAAAUUAUAAUUCUAUGACCGGUGACACAAUAGUCAAUCAAAUAGUCAAUCAAGAUGGCUCGACAACUUCCUAUAUACAGAACCCGCAGCGGCAAAUACUCAUCUCUCCGGAUUCUAAACGGAGAGCGAAAAAGCGAAAAAGCAACGGAUCGUCUAACACUGGCCAAAUAAUUUCGCCAAACAAUCUUCUGCUUCAGCCGCAGACAGGACAUGUAAUUGUAUCUCAACAACAUCAGCAAUCACAACAAACACAGCAACAGUCGCAAACGAUACAAGCGGUUAACCAAUCCGGAACUAUGUUGCAGCUAGCUCCGCAAUAUCAAACUCAGGGUUAUCAGUUGAACCCUGGAAUUUCUGGCCUAACAAUUUUACCACAGAAAGCUACACAACAACCAGCGCAGCAGCAGCAGCAAAUUCUUUUGCAAAAUGGUCAGAUUAUCACUCAGCCUUAUAACAUCAUUAGUCAGCAGGUACUGCUUCCAACUGGGUUUGUAAUGGCUCCCGACACCACAUUGGUUCAAAUCCAAAACGUAGCGUCACCUUGUGGCAGUAUUAUAACCACUCCUCAAGGUAUGCUAAUCCGAGCACAAAGUCCUCACCAACAGAAAAGCUUCCUCUCGGCUAAUACUGGCCAGCAGUAUAUAAUGAAUAACAAUGGUCAAGUUAGUCCCAUGGGACCGCAAUUGUAUGGAGGCCCAGUAAAUAUUAUGGUACCUCAACAGCAGCAGGCUGGACCUGCAGCUUCUUUUGUUCAGCAGAAUACAACGAUCGUACAACAACCACAACAACACAUUGUGCAGCAACAAUCGGUACAGAUAGCGGCUACAAUGAAUACGAGUACCGACAGUAGUAGCACAGCAAGUAGUACGAAUGAAAGCCUUUCUUUGCCAUCAACACCGCAACCGCCAGCAAUGGUACAGAAAAAUCUUUCAGUUUACCUUUCUGGAACAACUUCACCGCCAGACACGACUACACACAGUCCAAAUAGUCCUGAUUGCGCAUCCAGUGAGAAGAGCGUCGGAAGCGCAGACAGUGUCAACGUGGCUAUGGUACAGUGCGUGUCUAGCUCUGAACCUGAUCUUGUUACUGAAGGAACACAUUCACCAUCGGAUUUAACUGAAUACGUUGAACAAGAAAGUAUCUCACCAUACCAACGUACCGUUUACAAGUCUUCGAAAAUCAGACGUAUGCAAUCACAUCCACAACAAUCACAAGUUCAUAAUGCCGUGGGUGAUAGUUGCAACAAUGGAAACGCUGGUAGCUCCACAACCGUUAUUAGUAACAAUAGCAAUACCUUGUCAUAUCCGAAUCAAACUGCUUUACAGCAACCAACUCGUCAUCAUAACAGCAGUCAUCAACCAACGAUAAUACAUGGAGCUACAUCAACUCAUAGCAUCCAACCUGAUUCCCAUGAAUCCACAACGAAAGUUUCGGUGCAUGAAAGUGCAGCCAAUACAAGCCAAAAAGCGGUAACAUCUCCCGUCGUCCAGAGUGGUAUCGGAUCAUCGACAAAAACAUUUAACGUCGGUGAGCUGGUCUGGGGAGCCGUCCGGUGUUUUCCGGCAUGGCCUGGAAAGGUAAUAGAGCCACCGUCAGGAGAUGGACAAACUACUACGGUUCCAAUCGAUUGUGUCUGGGUUCGCUGGUUUGGUGGUCGGCCUCUCGCGGAGCUGGUAGCUGUCAGUGGAUUGAAAAGCUUAUCAGAUGGUCUUGAGGCUCACCAUCGGGCCCAGAAGGAUGCUAGAAAGGGACGAAAAUUAAAUCCUCAACUAGAACGUGCGAUCCAAGAAGCAAUGAUGGAGCUUGACCGAGCCACUGUAAUACCUUCUGCUUUCGCGGGUAGUGCAACAAUAUCGGAUUCAGUUGCGACAAAAACUGAAACCAUUAAAGUAUCACCUACAAGUAGCAAUGCUAUUGUGGCUAGUGGAAACGGAAAUGGAUCUACACUUCCAACAUGCAGCCGGCCACUCAAAGCAAAUCGGGGGCCAAAAGCGAAGCUUGUGAAAAUUGCUCCAGCACCACCUAUAGCUACGGAAACAACUUCAUCGUCGACAAGCGUUACUAGUUCUAGUAAUACUUCAGUGAGUCGUGCUAGAAUGAAAUAGGCAUGCGAUUAGAAAGCCCUAUGAUACAACCUUGUUUGCAAGCAGAAGGUUGCUGAAAGUGCUGUCAUCUGUAUUUCAGUUUUCACUCAACCCUAUCUACUUUAUACAGGAAAGUAUAAAUACGUGACCAUAACUUUUAGAGCAAAUUCUUGAAAUUGAAUUGAAUAUUUUAAAUAUCGAGUUCAAAAUGCGCCCAAAGGUGAUUUUACACAACUGAAUGAACAUCCGACUGACAAUAAACCAGAAUAAGUGAAGAUUACUCAUCUCGAAAACUUUUUACAGCAUUAUAUCGUAUUUUAGCUGGAUUCUGCCAUUUUACAACAACCUAUGUAUUAUGUCGAUGUUUUAAAGGAUAUAUCAACGCGUAGCAAAUAACGCCACGAUUAAUAAUGGCCCAUAAAUGUUGAGCUAUACAAGGGGUACAAUCCCAUAUAUGUUCGCUAUAAUAUACAAUUACCAAUUCAAUAAAUUUAGGAAUUGGCGGCAUGCCGUGCUAAAAGUUCAUGGUUAAGAAAUGCCCGUUGAAGCAUAACUGAAAGAUAUACCCGGGUUUAAAUUUUAUAGAGAGUCACAUACGCCGAACUUUGGCUUAAAACGUUCUGAGCUAUUGAUAGCAAAAAUGUUUCCUUGCCAGUGCUUAACAAGCUUGUGAAAUUUUCAAUUUGUUUCUCUUCCACAAUUUUUCGAAUUCAAGUUUUUUCAUUGGCUCGUUGUUUUGAAUCUUUGAUUUAGCUUCAUUCUUAAUUCGAGACCAUCAUACUCUAGCUACUGCACUGACUGUUGUCUGUGAAGUCUACGAGAUGUAAUUCAAAUGUAAUCUAUAAAUAAAAAGGGUAUAUUUGGAACAUUUAUAAGAAAGUUUGUUAUUAAUAAGUAAAUUGUUUUAUGAAGCGAAUCAUUCAAAGUAUAUAGGUUUUGAUAAUCAAAAAUUGAUGAAACAGAAUUUGUAUAAUCAAUGGUCAUCAGUAUAUGCAUCCAUUCGGCUUUUUCAAAUCAAGUUUAGGUAACAACUUUGUUUGCACACACAGUUUCUCAAAGCUUUAGUUCUCAACGUAUUCAGUUUUUUCACAAAAUGGUUAUUAUUUGCAUUAAUUAAUAAAAUAUGAUUAUACGGUCUUAUUCUUACAAAGUAGCUAUUUUUAUUAGGAGGAUGGUAAUUUCGCACCAGGCGCUGUGGAAUUUGCGAUUCGCAGCAUUUCAUAACUAAAAACAUUCGUUUUAAUGCAAUUCUAAAACUUGGUAUUAAUAGUUCUACACAUUAGUACGCCACUAUCUGUUUAAAUGUGACUAAGCCGGUUUUUGUUUUGAUUUAUUAGAGAUGAAAGGAAAUAGCGAUUAGUUUAUCAAUUCUCUUUACGUAAUACCGGCUCAGAAUCGUUACAAUUUCUCGACACUCAUCUUUUUUCGUGUAUCCGACUGCAUGUAAAUAAUUUUGCCGACCACUGUUUUCAGUUUAUUUCGUUCAUAUUUCCAUAUUUUCCAUAUACAAAUUUACAUUUUACAAUGAUGUGUGAUUAUAUUAUUUGGUAAAACCAAUUUCUAAAAGCAAAUGCUAUUAAGAUGAGACGUUGUUGAUCAAUUUAUUAGAUUUCAGUCUUUUUGUAGAAGCAUUCGUGCAGCGCGUCAGUUGUGAUUGAGAGAAAGGAUAAAUUCGAUUAAAAUGUCACCUAUACUAUAAGUGUUGCAAAACUAGUGUUGGUUUUGAGCUACAGCCAUAAAAUAGCUCCCAUGUGUAUAAAAAGAAAGAAAAUUGAAAGUAUGUUAUCUAAAUUAUUGAAGUAGGUUCUAAAUUAGUAAAAUAAGAUAAUACUUGUAAGUUAUGAAAUGUGUUUUUGGCUAAUUAUUUGUUUCACCUUUAUUUGUUGCUUAGAUAUUAUAGAUUCGAGCUGGAAGUAAUUAGACAUAAUAAACUAAACGUAAAGGUUUGU